AGUCCAUGAACGUCGUUCAAUUAGAGUAGAGCUAACAUUCUACGCGAAGUCAGCUACUCGGAGUUUUCGUAUCUAAACUACAAAACGUGUUUUUAACUGAUUACUAUCUAAUCUUCAUACCGACUGUUUAUUCUUUUGUGUUUGUCUAGACCACGAAGUGUUAAUAGUUUUUAUUUAAGUGUUAUUUGGUGAUUGUUUUUGUUGAUUUUUGUGUUUUUUCAAGUGCGUGCCAUGAUUUUCAAUUUAGAUUUAUGACAGACUAUGGAUUAUGAGGAUUUUUUGUGAGCAGAGUUUAGAGAAGUUAAAGUAGCUGCCUACAGUCGGGUAAUCGUCACUCGAAUCUAGUCAAAGGAACCAGAAAGUUAUUGUUUGUUAGUAGUAGUACGCGCUGCGUACAGCGCUCCAUCCGUCAAACUGGCAGCCAGCGCUCUUGCUUCAAUGAAUCCUCAUUAUCAUCCUUAUGGAGGACCGGAACUAACAUCUCCGCAUCCUCCUUCUCCUGAUAAUAAUAAUUACCACGGACAUCCUGGUCCAGGAGGACCACCGCCGCAUGCUAGGAUGCAUGCGACGAAUGGACAUCCUAUUGGAACAAUAGGUCACAGUGGAGGCCCCCACGAUCAGCACCCACAUACACACCACCAACACCCGGCGUUUACCAGUGCCGGACCCCCAUCCGACGGACCACAUAUCCCCCAUCACAAUCCUUCUUUAACGAACAACAAUAACAACAACAAUACUAAUAACAAUAAUAACAACAACACAGUGAAAGUUUGCGCGGGUUGUGGUGGAAAAAUAGUCGAAAGAUUUUUAUUACACGCGUUGGACCGAUAUUGGCACAAUAGUUGUCUUAAGUGUACGUGUUGUGCAGCGAUGUUAGCUGAUCUAGGAGCGUCGUGUUUCACGAAAGGAGGAAUGAUAUUGUGCAAACAGGAUUAUAUGAGGAUAUUUGGCAACACGGGCGCCUGCUCGGCGUGCGGGCAGUCAAUUCCAGCCAACGAACUUGUGAUGCGAUCAGGGGGACCGUCCCUUCAACAACCCGGCGCUCCACCGCACGUAUUUCACCUUAAAUGCUUCAUGUGCAGCAAAUGCCUCAGCCCCUUGAUGCCCGGAGACAGAUACUACAUGUUGUCGGGUAGUCUAGUAUGCGAACAGGACUGGCACAAACUGCUCAAAAGUACCGCUGCAGCGACGCCGACGGUACGCAAAGGAAAGGUGGGACGACCGCGUCGUAGUCGUGAUUGAAAUGACGCCUUCUUUGAUGCUGUUGAACCGUAGUAGCCGGGCGAUACAGGGACGUGCAAUAUUUUUUCGAAAAAAGAAGCGUUCCCUUGACUUUCCAAUCUUUGGUUCAGACACUAUCCCAAUCAUGCGUUCUGUUUUUUUCGAAUAAAUUUUUCGAAAAUUGAGCUCAAAGUGUUCUGGAUGCGAAUUAAGAAGACAACAUGUUCGAUGACAUGAGUACCAUCUGGGUAAAUAUUUAAGACAAUCAGAUCGACAACGAUUUUGGCAAAAUUUCAAAUAGAAAUCAUUAAUUUCAUAUUUGAAGGUUCUCAGUAUAAUAUGACCCCCUUAACUUUGCUACAAAUAGCAAAAAAUAUAUAUAUUUUAUACCAGAUUGUACGAAAUCAACUAAUCAAGUAUAGAGAGUGCAGAAAAUCUUAUUUUUUUCAACUUUUUUUAAAAGAUUACUCUAUAUGUCCAAUUUGAAAAAGUAUUGUCUUUAUAAAUGAAAAUAUGAGUACAAUAUUUUAUCAUAUUCACAUUAAAUUAGCGUUUACAAUAACCAUUAAAUUCAAAAUUGUUGGCUAUGCAUUGGGUAAACCAUAACCAAUUCAAAGAUUAAAUUCGCCACUAAAAUUUUGUUUAAAUUUAAAACCGUUAUGCUGAAUUUUUUGCUCCAAUUCUUCGCCAGAAUUUAGAUGCUUUAAAAGCUGAGCCUUUUGCAAUAUAUUUUGGAAAUGUUUCUCGUUUUAAUAUGUAAUUGAAAAUAUCAGAUGAAAAAUGUCACUAGCCUUUCUCAAUUUGUUUUGUUUAAUACAAUUACUCUGUAAAAUAAAGAUUAGUUCAUGGCAGGGUCUUCCUCCAGAUUUUUGCGAAAUGUAUCAACAGAAUUGAGCGGUCUUCUGCGAUAAGAUGUGUUGUAUGUAUAUUCUUUGCCAAUACUCUAGAUGAACUUAUUUAAAUUUCGUGUGAGACUUUCUUUUACCCAUUUCUAGGAGUUUCUACUAUGGUACCAGAUACAUGAGUUUUUUUUACAAGCAAAACUCUGCUAGUAUCAGAGACAUAUCUAUUUCUAGACCUUGAUCUAACAGUUGCUUGAACAGAUAAACCACGAUUCUUUCAGACAGUGACAGAUGUUCUGAUCCGUGAAUAUCCUCAACAUUUUGGCCAAAUUAUUAGACGCACUGCAAGAUUAAUAUUAUUAUAUUAAUUACCGAGUGAUAUUGUACCGUUGUAUUGUUUUAAAUUACAUUGUUUUUUAUUUUUAUAUUAUCUAAUGAAUGACCAAUUAAGUUAACACAAAUAAAACAACAUUAAUUUAAAAAAUCAAAUGUUUGUUAAAUUUUACACAAUAGUAAAAAUAAUGUAAGUCAAAGUCAAUAUUUAGUUGAGCCACCUUUAGUGGCUAUCAAAGCUUCAAUUCUGCGUGGCUUGCUAUCAAUGCAAGACUGUACUGUCUCCUGUAUUUAAGGAUGAUGAUUUCACACAUGAAUAAUCUUUUCUAAAAGCUGGAUUUUGUUGGUAGUCACAUCCUUAGCUACUUCUCUUUUCAUUAGCUCCCACACACUUUCAAUCGGAUUCAUAUCGGUUCUAUUACCCGGCCAAUCCAAUAGAGGGAUAUUUUCUUCUGCCAAAAAAGCUUUGACAUAUCGAGCAGUGAGGCUGGGAGCUCCAUCUUGCAUGAAAGUGAAUGGUUCUCCAUUUGGAAACCAUUCUCUGAGCUGCGGAAUCAAGUGAUUUAAAAAAUACAGUGCGUUUAAUAAUUUGGCCAGGGACUGUAUACGUCCUCUCCAAAAUACGUGGCAAAAUUAUAUGUGUAUUCCCGCAAAUCAAGGCUAGGACAAAGGCAAAACAUUUUAAUUCCAAAGCGUGCUCGUUUUGAUUUAAGAACUUGUUUAACGUGUAGUCGUCCUUUGUAUAAUACCAAACACUCGUCUAUUGCUAAAGUUUCCCCAGGAUAAACAAGGUUCAUACAAUUUUCUUUGGCCCAAGCAAAAAACAUAACCAAACGGGUCAUGGGUUUCCCUGGUAUGAAAGCUUGAGGAUUGCUAAAUCUUAAAAAUUUUAGAAUAGCGAAAAACCUGUUUCUUUAUUUGUGAAUAAAAUAUAUUUGGACCAAAAAACAAAAAGGUUUUGUUCCAAUAGACCCAUAUAUAAAUUCAACGAAAGAAAAGUAUACAUCUCCGGAACUGUCACAUCCUUCCAAAUUAUACCGUAGACUUUUUGAGUACCAAUCUCUAUGAGGUACCUUCCUGCACGUUCAUUCGUCCAAUUACAUAAAUGCUGAAUUAUAUUUCUAGACAGAAAUGCCUCCAAAUAAUUUACAGGGUAUUUCAUGUUCUCUAAUUCGAUUGCGGGGUGAAAACCUUCAUAAUCACCAGAAAAAGGCACUGUUGUUGUAGCUCUUUUAUCCUAAAACAAUAAUAGAUAAAAGAUAAAAUAAAAAAAUAUACAUAGAAAAGACCAACAUACCGAAAAUGGAUCUGCUACAACAGUAAAAUUUCCUAUGAUUGUAGCUACAUGAUCUUCGUCUUCUGAAAUACUCGAUAAACUGUCGUCGCUUUCGCUAUCCGUAUCAGGACCGCUAGGUAAAUAUUCGGAUCCCGAAUCCUCGAAUGGUUCAUCAUCACUCACGUCGGACAUCCUUUCAAGUAAAACGCACAAAAAACUAAUACUGCUGCUCUGCACCGUUGCAAAUAACAUUUUACACUGCAGACCGCCAAAAAUAUGGAUGCGGUAUCUCAUUCGAGGGUAUAUUAUUAUUCCAACGUUUAUUUUAAAUAUAUCAUUUGUUGCCACAAGUGGCAAUCUGGGAUAUAGAUCAAUUUGAGAUGGUUGCCACAUGUGGCAACAUGGGAUUGAAAGGGUUAAUGAGAAACGGUGUAGAAACCUUCUUUAUUUGAAGGAUAAAUUAUGAUCUUCUACCAUCAUACUACUUCUCAUCCUUUAUCAUAAACAACUCAUCGUUCGUAUUCAUACAAUUAAUGAUUUUUAAAACAAAACAAACGAAACGUUGAAAUGCCCACGGAUCGUCUAUUACAUUCCAAGUAUUAUCAAGUUUUUGUGAAGAAACAUUGGAGUGUCUAUAAGUAUAAAGAAGGUAUAAGAAGUAUUCCUUUCAAUUUUCAUCUAAUUAAUUAACAAUGUACAUCUUCCAAACCAUAAACCGCUUUCUCUCAUUUUAUAAAUGCUUUUGAUUAUGUACGCCAUAUCAUACUACACGUAUUACCUGUUUUAAAUCUUAUUUGGAAACUAAUUUCGAAUCUUACUGUGAAAAAACAUACUCAAGAAUUGUUGUUUUGGUUGGAGCGUUUGCUUGUAGUUGUUUGUUAAAAAAUGUACACAGAUUUAGCGGUAGAUCGUUCCUGAUAUAACAAAUUUAAUUACCUUCAUCAUAUCUUCUCAAAAUUAUUUGAUUCGUUAUUAUAACGCCCUUAAUAUGAUUCAAAUUACCAGUUCUGCCAGUUUUGUUAUACUACAUGAGUUUUUGGACAACAUUUUUCAUUGUGUACUAACAAACUUAUCGUUUUAUUUAAAUUGAAGCGACAUUCUGUAGUGUUUUAAUAAUUUUUAUUCAAUUUAAGUACAUAAGGCAGACAUUCAUAAGAAGUGGCGUUUGUACAAUCAAAACGAAAAAGUCGAAAUCUAAUUAUUCUGAUUGUCUUAAAAUUUCACUAAAAUUGUAUAAAUAUGUGAAAAGUUAGUUGAAAUUAAGGAUUGUAAAAAGUAAUUGUUCGAUACGAGUUGUGAAUUAAGGGAAGGAAAACUUCCGAUCGCAAGUUUCAUUUGGUAUGUUGUUGUUAUUUUUGUAAAUAAUAAAGUAUUGUUAAUUAUGAAA